CAGGGGGCGCGCCUCACACAGGCUGUAGGAAUGUGUCUGCGAUCCGCCGAAGAAGGGUGCGUCACGUGUUUUCCGGAAACAGCUAGUAGAGUGGGGAGAGACGGCACGAUCUUGCAGAAUGAUCAUCCCAGUCAGGUGCUUUACAUGUGGGAAGAUUGUAGGCAAUAAAUGGGAGGCAUACCUUGGCCUUUUGCAGGCUGAAUAUACAGAAGGUGAUGCACUGGAUGCCUUGGGCCUGAAAAGGUACUGCUGUCGCCGGAUGCUUCUUGCUCACGUCGACUUGAUUGAGAAACUGUUAAACUACGCCCCUUUGGAGAAAUGAGGGGACAGUUCCAUACUCUACAACCUAGACUGAUUGGGUUUCCAAUCAAAUGUUUACAAGCACAGGAACGAAAACUGCCAUUAUUCCAUUAUUCCUUACCUGCCGUAGAACAGUUUUCAGUUCUAAAACUGCUUUGAGCAGGGCGAUUUUUAUGGACCAUUUUUAUGAUAGAAGGAUUUUGUCAUGUAACUAAUAAAGGUAUUUUUUGUUAUGCAUUGUGA